ACGUCAAAAUACAAACAAUGUGUGGCGGCACUUGAAUUAAGUCAUUUACGUUAGGCUUCCGAGUGGAAUUCAACGUAUUCUGAAGCAAACACAAUUUAACUGCAGUGCGAACGUGAAAGGUCGUGAAGAUUGCUUAAUUAUUUCGUGAUAUUGAAAGUCAUGUCCGAUAAUUCGCCGCUCGGGGAUCCAAACGUUAAAUCAGGGCAGGAAAUUGUGGAAGUUCCGCCUGAACAAAAAAUGCGGAGUGACGUUACAAGUACUGAUGAGGAAGGUACGGCAAAUGAUAGCAUAGGCACCAAAAACGAGUUGGAUAAGGGCACUUCCGUGGAAAGAUCUGCCGAGCAACCAAAGAAUAUGCCUUCAAAGUGUCCGGGAGCGAGUGAAACCGUGGGUGAAGUGACGCCACCUGACUCAACCGUGAAGGCUUCUCCGAAUGGUAUAAAUCAACCUGAAGAAGUAGAGAUGGACACCACGGGGGUCGCAAACGAUGCAACAGCUCCAACAGAAACGAAGGACAGCAGAGCCAUUGAAGAAGGAACUGCCGGUACUGAUACGGAGCUCAGCGUUAAUAGAGUCGCCCCCAUCACAAUUUCACCACCUGUUGCAGGUGAUCAUGAUACUAAUAAGAAUAUUUCUGAUAAAAUGUCUACCUCAUCGUCGCCUACCAUUUGUCAAGACGUGGCAAGCUCAACAGCCAUGCAGACAGAAAACAAUAAUGUAACUUCAACAGAUAAUUCACAGUUUACAAUACCAGCAGCAAUCGCAGAAAUAGCAGCUCGCGAAAUCCAACAACUAGAACUAACAACUGCUUCAAUACUUAAUCUGGGCGCUAAAGAUAUUCAUACACUGCCGGUUACUGUUACUCCUAAAUUACCUAGUUCCGGACUGGGUUUACUAGCGUCUCAGUAUGAUUCCUCAUCAAGCGAAAAUGAAAAUUCCUCUCCUAGUAGUGACGAUGAGAGUGAUAGUGAAGAAAGCGUUCGAGAAGUACCACUGAAUCCCGAUGUGAGUGGGCCCUAUCGCACUGGAGUGAUAGAAAUAAACUCCGAAUCUGAUUCAGAGUCGGAUUCACCUGAUUCAGAUAUCGAAUUCAUAAGUCAAACAAAGGAGUUGGAGAAAAUCAUUGACGUAGACAUGAAUGAAGACGAUGAAGAAAUUACAGGAAGUAAGUCUAGGGGACCAAUGCGCGUUAAAGGAGAAAUGCUUUUAGAAGAUUUACCACCCAUUCAAGAUCUACAUAUAACUGUCCCUGAAACAGAAUGUGUCGAACUGGGGAAAAUACAUUCAAUAGUCGAUCAAUUAGUUCUGGUUGACUCCAUUCCCGGAACAGCUGCGCUGAAUUUAGACACAGUGCUAUUUUUGGAUAAAGGACAAAAAGUACUUGGUGAAGUUUUUGAUGUUCUCGGACAGGUUACUUCGCCAUUGUAUUGUGUACGUUUUAAUUCAUGCAAGCAAAUAAAGGAAAGAGGCGUAGAAGUGGGACAAACUGUAUAUAUAGCCCCAAGGACGGAGCACACGUAUUUUGUUAUAUUGAAAGAUAUGAUGAAGCUACGAGGUUCCGAUGCCAGCUGGGAAAAUGAUAUAGAACCAUCCGAGAAGCAUUUAGACUAUUCGGAUGAUGAAGAAGAGCGUAAUGCAAGACGAGCACUACGCAAUCGUGAUCGAGGUGGCGAAGAAACAGACCCAAGUAAAAGACAACGCCCGGCGCAGUCACCUUCACCGUCUCCAUCGCCAUCGCCUCACCAUCACCAAUAUCCAAGCAAUCGUUUCUCACCGCGCGCUCAUUACCAAAGACCACGACCUCGAUAUCGAUCCGAGGGUCCACCGGGAGGCGAUUUCAACCAAGGAUUCAAUUAUCCAAAUUAUAAUCCACGACCGUACCUACCAACACAAUUUCCACCACCAUUCGCUUACGGCCCUACAAAUGCUAGUUGGCAUGCAAACUUCAAUCAACCACCUCCUCAACAUCCUGCAAAUACAUACCCAUAUCCUUUCAAUCCACAUUACCAACGAAUGCCAUUUGUACCACCGCCGGAUGCAAUGCAGCAGUCGCUGUUUCCGCCGCCGCCACCACCGCCCCAGUGAUUCCAUGCGUUCCAUUUUCACUUCUUCAUUAGAUCGAAGUAAAAUUAAAAUGAGAGUCGAUUUUGGUUUUAUCAUAAUGUAGUAGAUAUAAUAUAUAUAUAUGUUAAAAAUAAAUACAGAACGUAAAUGAAAUUUGUGUUGUUUGUGUAAAACUUCUGACAUCAAAAUAGUAAGAAUUUAUUUUCUUUAUUAGAUUUGAAUUUUCGACUUCAAUAGACACUAGU